AUGAGAAUCCGAGUCCGUGGGCCUUCAGGCCAAUCAACUGUCACCUUGGAUGACACUGCAACCAUCGAAGAUCUCCAAACCCAAAUAGCGGAGAAGACCGGCCUUGCUGCCUUUGACGUCAAAUACGGAUACCCUCUCAAACCACUUGAGCUUGACAGCUUCCAACCAGACCAAAGGAUAUUAGAAGUUGGGAUAAAUCUAAAUGGGGAGUCACUCAUCGUCGCACAGAAAGAGGGGGCCAGCCGGGGCGUGAGCGAUGAUGCGCCCAUAGCCCGAACAGCGCCACCACAACCAUCACAGCCGUCGCAGCCAUCAUUGUCGCAAAGACGACCAGAGAACACCGCUGAAGACCCGCCAGAAAUUGCCUCUCCAGAGCAUGCCGGAACGUUCGUUCUCCGGGUGAUGCCCGACGACAACUCGUGCCUUUUCCGAGCAGUGGGCUCUGCAGUCAUGGGCGACAUGGAUACGAUGGUUGAGCUACGAUCGAUCGUCGCAGGAGCUAUUCAAUCCAACCCGUCCGAAUAUACUGCAGCGAUUUUAGGCAAAAAACCAGACGAAUACUGUACCUGGAUCCAGAACGAGGACUCGUGGGGUGGCGCCAUCGAACUCAAGAUUCUCAGCGAAUACUUCAAUAUCGAGAUAUGCUCCAUCGAUGUACAGACUUUGCACAUGUUCCAGUUUAAUGAGGGAGCACCAACACGGUGUAUUGUGGUCUAUUCGGGGAUUCAUUACGAUGUCCUUGCGCUGUCCCCUUCUCACCCACCCUACACUCGUGCCAAUCCACUGGCGCAUGAUGACACAAAGAUCUUUGAGGCUGUUGAUCCGGUUGUCUUGCAAAGGGCUAAAGAACUAUGCCAGGUGUUGCAAAGCAAGCACUACUACACGGACACUUCUGGAUUCACUGUUCGCUGUAACGUCUGUGGAGGCAAAUUCACCGGAGAGAAAGGUGCUACGAAGCAUGCCGCGGAGACCGGGCACUACGAUUUCGGAGAAGCGAGCUAG